GAGUCGGUGCUUGCGCAGGAGGCGCACCUGCAAGAGCAGACCAAGAAGGAUGAGGCCACUCUCGAGGAGUUGAAGAAUGAGAACCAGGAGCUGCUGUACAAGUACAAGACGCUCAAGAUGCAAAUGAAUGCGCAGCAAGAGCUAAUGUCGCGACGUAUCGAUCUCCGCGAGUUCGCGGAAGCUGAAAUACAGACUGUUCCCCCGUCCCGGUGUGAUCGAUUCACGGUGACAGAGCCUACGAACAUGGUCAGCCAGGAGGUGCAGGUGCAGAUGCAGACGCAGACCGAGGCACCAGCCUCCACACCAGCGGCAACUUCGGCGAGGCUGCCUUUUCGGAGGAGGACACAGCUCACGCAACCAGCGCCCCCGGGGCGACGGUCGAGGAUGCCGACGAUGAAAAUCGAAGUGACAGACGCGGACCUGCCCCUGAUGGAUUCUUCUAGUGAUGAUGAGGACAUGCCGGCAACCAUAGAAGCGGAAGAGGCAAAGACUGAACCGAAGGUGGUACGGGUAAUUUCCGAUCCUAUCGCGUCCAUGAGCCUGCGGCAAAUUACUCCACUGACUGCGCCGCCUGUUUCGGUUGGCGUCAGCAUAGCUGUUCAGGUAGAUCCCGAGAUGCUGCUACCGGGUGAGAUGUCCCCAAGGGAGCCGGAUAGCCCAAAGCCGGGUGGCCGGAGGCCUUUUGUGGGCCGUACUGGGAGCCAGGCGAACGCCAGCGACGACACGAUCUUCGACCCGGCCGACGACCUGGAGGUGGACCUCGAGGUCGCGCAGAUCAUGGAGCCGAAUCUCCCACCACUCACAGGGCGUGAGCGAUCGAAGAGCGCCGCCAAGAGUGGCAGCAAGCGCGCGGUGACACUUCCUACUGAGGCCGAUCUCUCGCAAGCACCGCUGAUGACGAUCAGCUCGCAGGCAAACUGUUUCGCAUUCGUGCCCAAUAGCAAAGCGGACUCUGCACGCCCUUCCUCCAG